GUGUGGUUUUCAGCAGUGGGCUACAGUGAGUAAGGGGGAGGGUAAUGGAAAAAGGCCACUUUGCUUUCGUUUACAAGAUAAGUUCAGAGAUUUCACUGAAAGGAAACAACACGGUCUCGGCUUUCAACCACACGAUGCUGCUCUCUUUAUAUUUAUUCACAGCGGUCUUUCUGCCAUUCACGGCUUUGGAAGCAGUAGAAAUGCUAGAGGUGGAACUCGGACAAGCUGUCACACUGAAGUGCAACAUCUCUUUGCACCAUGAAAUCUUCUGGUUGAAAGUAAGCAUGGAGGACAAACCAAGGCUUCUAAUGGUUGCUGGUCUGAAAAGUGAUGGAAUAGUAUCAGAUGUUUGGAAUUACGACACCUCUCGUUAUAGGGGUUCUCUUGGUCUAGACGAGAGGUUUUUUGGACUUAAAAUUCUCCAUGUCUUGAAAAGUGAUCUUGCCUCAUAUUACUGUGGAACCCUAGAUGGUAAACGCAUGGAGUUUGAAGAAGGAGUACACAUAUAUGCUAAGCCUGCUCAGCCAAAGACAAGUACUAACACUGAAAAAAUCACCAGCUAUGAACAAGGUAUGCCUGCUCAGCCAGAGACAAAAUUGAACACAACAAAUAUCACCAGCAAUAGAAACGAUCCAGUUCCUUCUGUAGCUGAAAAUGGUUUCAACCCCUAUACAAUAUUUGCAGCAGUGCUGGGUGUUGGACAGUUAGGAAUGCUGCUGGCAGUUGUUGUUGUGCAUUUGAUAGCUGGCAGGCCAAUAAGGAAACCCUCUUAAAAUCAGGCUGAUCGUCUUCGAUUAUAGUAAUGGGCAGAAACAUAUAUGUAAGAGAUGGUCUGUUCAAAUUCUAAAGAAAAAAAUUCUAAGAAAACCGUGUCGGUGUGGAAUGAAAAGGAGGCUAAAUUAGUAGCCUAUCUGAAUGUAUUAUCUUUAAUUCUAUGUAAGUAUAUAAUGAAAUGUAAAUAUGAAAUCCUUUCACUGAGUAUGUUUCUCAAAGCAUUAUCUUUCUGGAUAGUGACUCAUAUUUUGGUUCUUGUAUGGUUUACUUGUAAAUAAUCAAUGUCUCUCUCAUCUCAAACGUUAUUGUAAAUUGUGCAAUAAAUAUAAGAAAUAAA